UACGGCAGAAUAUGAAAGAGAUGUUGUACUCAGCGAUGGAUCAGUGCCCGAACGACGCCCAAGAACUUCACGACACCGUCAACACCAUCGACAGCAUUGAGACCACCGUUACUAUUGAUGAAGAGACCAAUCAGUAUAUCAAACAGUUUGACGAACAGUUCUUCACAUAUUGUGAACAAGAAUUGUCUAAAAUUAAUACAUUCUUUGCCGAAAAGUUGGCCGAAGCUAUCCGACGGUUCGGUGACCUCAAGUCUGAGCUCAACUCCAGUCAACAUUUAAGGCAAAAUGGCAAAGACAAAAUGAAGCAAAAGGACGACAAACUGUUUGGUCUGUUUGAUCGGCAGGUAAUCAAUGAAAACAACGAUCGGCUGAACAUCGAUAGGAAAGUGAGCCGAAAACUACAUGAUCUCAAACUAGCCUUUUCUGAGUUUUAUUUGGCACUCGUUUUACUGCAAAACUAUCAAAAC